AUGGUCUGGCAGGUGGACUACUGGCCGGCAGCGUGCGCAGGCAUUUUCUGCGCUUGGAUUCUUUGCGAGCUCGUUUUCUAUGUCUGGUACCGGCAAGCACUCAAAGAGGCCCAGGGGAUAAAGCCACCGCCGCUGGUCUCCGAGAAGGAUCGAGACUUUGUCGUCGAUAGGAUGGUGGCCCAUGCUGAAGAUUACGGCAUGUGGCGUCAGGUGCAGGGCUGGUUCCUGACAGAGGACCGAGACCGACUGCUGAGCCCGCAUGAGGUUGGGCGGGAUGAGUUGACUGAUAUGAUCGCUUGGGCAUUCUUCUACAAGAAGCUUGAGGACUUGGAUUCUGACGAGGUCGCUUGGACCGAGUUCACGUACGAAAAACUCAGUUCUGAGUUUCGAAUGGAUGAGAAGCUGCGACCCGGCAGAACCGGGGCGGUUCCGAUCAGGCACACGCUCGACGAGAUCCAUUGCAUUCAUCGGCCAUUGCUCUUCUAUACAGCCAUCCGUGUCCUAGACUUCAUGCACGGUUGCCUUUUGAUGGCGCGGGGCUUCAAGCGCGCGCACCACCAUGGCCUCAGGUACUGGUACCGCCUGCGGAGCGGUUUCAAAGGAAUUCAUUGCUUGGAAUCCCCAGAGCAGCCGCUGAUCUUCUUCCACGGCAUCGGCUUGGGCCUCACUCUGUACAUGCCGCUGUUGCUGCGCUUGGGCUCUCCUGACCAGUUCCUCUUCGAACUGCCCUGGAUUUCCAUGAACCCCUUUGCGGCCAUCCCAUCCUCGAGCGACUACGCGCAUUGGGUGGUGGAAGUUCUGGAGCAGCACAGCUUGACGUCCUGCGUUGCACUUGGUCACUCCUUCGGGACCCUGCCCGUUGCAUGGCUGCUCCGGUAUAAGCCAGCAAUCAUCUCGCGAUGUGUGCUGGUGGAUCCGGUUUGCAUUUUGCUGAACCUGCCGGAUGUCUGUGUAAACUUCUUGUACAAGCGGCCGAGAUCACUGAUGGGCGCACUGCUGCGCGUUUUUGGCGCCAGAGAGUUUGGUAUUGCGCGAACCCUUAUGAGGCAUUUUUUCUGGACCGACAGCGUGAUCUUCCCUGAAAUGCUGCCUGAGGGUUCAUCAGUGAUCCUCAUGGGCAAAGACAAGAUACUGCCUGUGAAGGAUAUCUACACCACAGCUGCAAAGCUUCCUCAGCUGAAGACCCUCGUUUUAGAUGGCCUUGAUCAUGGACACUUCCUGGUUUGGCCUCGGGCUACUUCGCAAAUCGUGGAGCACGUUAAUGGUGGCGUGUCCAAGACACACUAA